AUGCAGACAGCAUCCAAGGCGCCGAUGGCCUCACUUCAGGUGGAAGCAGGACACCACACGACCAGCACAGACGCAAAACACACGGGAACGGUAUAUGAUGACCAUGAUAUGCAGCGCAUGGGAAAGGUCCAGGAGCUAAAGAGAAACCUCCGCCCUUUGGCUGCAUUGAGUUUCGCGUCGGUACUUCAGGCAACGUGGGAGUUUAUUCUCAUAUCCAACACGCAGGGGUUGGCAAAUGGCGGACUCGCGGGCAUGGUGUGGUCCUAUGUGUGGACGUUUGUCGGGUUCGGCUUUAUCAUUGCUUCAUUGUCGGAGAUGGCUUCCAUGGCCCCGACCUCUGGUGGACAAUACCACUGGGUGUCCGAGUUUGCUUCGCCGCGAUACCAGAAAUUCCUGAGCUACCUCACUGGCUGGAUGUCCGUUCUAGCAUGGCAGGCUGGCUCUGCAUCAGGCUCUUUUCUGACCGGUACAAUUAUCCAAGGGCUCAUCAGCGUUCGCGAUCCAGACUACCAUCCGGAACGGUGGCAAGGAACGUUGUUCGUUUUUGCCAUGAUUGUGGUCAUCUACUUUUUCAACGUCUACGCCGCGGACAUGAUGCCUCUGUUCAAUAACCUGCUGAUGAUCUUGCAUAUCCUGUCCUGGACCGUGGUCGUGAUUGUACUGUGGGCCAUGGCGCCGCACCAAUCCGCCAAGGCCGUAUUCACGGAGUGGACGAAUAGGGGAGGCUGGUCUAGUAUGGGGCUGAGUGCCUUGAUCGGGCAGAUUUCUGCCAUCUACGCUUCGCUGAGCUCCGAUGCAACGGCACACAUGUCUGAGGAAGUCAAGGACGCAGGACGCUACGUUCCGAUUGCGAUCGCAUGGGGAUACUUUAGCAACGGCGUCAUGGCCAUUGUGGUGGUCAUCUCCUUCCUUUUUGCCAUUCCCUCAGUCGAAGACGCACUGGAAGACGACACCGGGUUCCCGUUCAUCUAUGUGUUCAAGAACGCCACGUCGGUCGCUGGGGUCAAUGGGUUGACGGCAAUUAUCCUCAUCCCCGUCAUCUUCAGCAACAUUCUCUUCAAUGCUUCCACAUCCCGGCAGACCUUCGCCUUUGCCCGGGAUAACGGACUGCCCUUCGCCAGCUGGAUCGCCAAAGUCGACCCGAAACGCAAAAUACCCGUGAAUGCGAUCGCCCUAUCGUGCAUAAUCAGCUGCCUCCUCUCUCUCAUCAACAUCGGCUCGCUAACCGCCUUCAACGCCAUUAUUUCCCUUAAUGUAGCAGCUCUCAUGUACACCUACAUCAUCUCCAUUAGCUGUAUUGUACACCCUGCCCCGCGGCGGUGGAAUCUCGGCCGCUGGGGUUUGACCAUUAAUAUCGUCGGAUUGCUGUACUGCAUGUUCGCACUGUUCUGGGCGUUGUGGCCAAGUGAAACCCCAGUCACAGUGGACAAUUUCAACUGGAGCGUGGUAAUCUUCGGGGGUGUGUUCGUCCUCAGUUUGGUCAUGUAUGCUGUCAAGGGGCGGAAGGGGUACUAUGGGCCAGUGGUGAUCGUCCGAAGGGAUUAG